CUUCAGAUCAGAAGAUGAGUGAUCGUGUGGAGGAAGAGGAGGACGGAGCAGAGUCUGUAGUGUCCGACUGUCUUUAUAUGAAGAGUGACCGGUCCAAAGAUAACCCUCCAGACUUGAGUAAUACACCUGGACACUCAGACACAAUAUAUCAGAACAGACACAGAGCAGAGUCUGUAGUGUCCAACUGUCUGUCUAUGAAGAGUGACUGGUCCAAAGAUUCUCCUCCAUACUUCAGUAAUGAACCUGGACCCUCAGACACAAAGUUUCAGUCCAGACAGAGCGCAGAGUCUGUAGUAUCCGGCUGUCUGUCUGUGAAGAGUGACUGGUCCAAAGAUUCUCCUCCAUACUUCAGUAAUGAACCUGGACCUUCAGACACAAAGUUUCAGUCCAGACAGAGCGCAGAGUCUGUAGUAUCCGGCUGUCAGUCUGUGAAGAGUGGCUGGUCCAAAGAUUCUCCUCCAUACUUUAGUAAUGAACCUGGACCCUCAGACACAAAAUUUCAGAACAGACACAGAGCAGAGUCUGUAGUGUCCGGCUGUCUGUCUAUGAAGAGUGACCAGUCCAGACGUCAACCUCUGAAGUUCAGUAAUGAACCUGGACCCUCAGACACAAAGAAGAGGAGUGAUGAGGAGGAGCAGCUGUCCUGCUGUGCUUUGUGUCAGGACGUCCUGAAGGAUCCCGUCUCUACCAGCUGUGGACACUGGUUCUGCAGACGCUGCAUCAGCUCAUACUGGGACCAGUCUGCUUCACCAGGAGACUCCUCCUGUCCCCAGUGUGGACAAAGAUCCAGAACCAUGGCUGGUGGUCUGCAGGAGGUUUUAGAUGAAUAUAAGAUCAGUCUGAGGAGGAGAUGUGAACGUGUGACUGAAGGAAGUAAUGCAACAGGAAGUGGAACCCUCCUCAACAGGAUCUACACUGAGCUCUACAUCACAGAGAGACAGAGUGAAGAGGUUAAUACCCAACAUGAGGUGAGGCAGCUGGAGACGGCUUCCAAGAAGCUCCACGACGCUCCAAUCAAGUGCCAGGACAUCUUUAAAGCCUUACCUGACCAACAGGGACACAUCAGAGUGGUUCUGACCAACGGCGUCGCUGGCGUUGGAAAAACCUUCUCCGUGCAGAAGUUCAGUCUGGACUGGGCAGAGGGUUUGGAGAACCAAGAUGUCAGUGUGGUGAUUCUGCUUUCCUUCAGGGAGCUGAACUUGAUCAGAGAUGAGCAGUACAGUCUUCUGGAGCUGCUCCAUGUUUUCCAUCCAACAUUACAGAAGGUCACAGCAGAGAAGCUCGCCGUCUGUAAGCUUCUGUUCAUCUUUGACGGCCUGGAUGAAAGCAGACUUUCUCUGGAUUUCACCAACAAGGAGGUUGUGUCUGAUGUCACACAGAAGUCAUCGGUCAACGUGCUGCUGACAAACCUCAUCGAGGGGAAUCUGCUUCCGUCGGCUCUCGUCUGGAUAACUUCCCGACCCGCGGCGGCCAAUCAGAUCCCUCCUAAACAUGUCGACAGGGUGACAGAAGUACGAGGCUUCACUGACGCCCAGAAGGAGGAGUACUUCAGGAGGAGGGUCAGUGAUGAAGAGCGCUCCAGCACAAUCAUCUCACACAUCCAGACAUCCAGGAGCCUCCACAUCAUGUGUCUGAUCCCAGUCUUCUGCUGGAUCACUGCUACAGUUCUGGACCACAUGUUGACUACAGAGCAGAGAGGAGAGCUGCCCAAGACCCUGACUGACCUGUACUCACACUUCCUGCUGGUUCAGACCAAGAAGAAGAAGCAGAAGUACGCUGAGGGACAUGAGACGAGUCCGCAGGAGCUGAUGGAGGCUGACAGAGAAGUUCUUCUGAAGCUGGGGAGGCUGGCGUUUGAACAGCUGCAGGAAGGAAACAUCAUGUUCUACCAAGAAGACCUGGAGCGCUGUGGUCUGGAUGUCACAGAGGCCUCGGUGUACUCAGGAGUUUGUACAGAGAUCUUCAAAAGAGAGAGUGUGAUCUUCCAGAAAACAGUCUACUGCUUCGUUCAUCUGAGCAUUCAGGAGUUUCUGGCUGCAGUCUACAUGUUCCACUGUUCCACCAACAGGAACAUAGAGGUACUGGAGGCAUUUCUGGGGACAGACUGGGACAAUAGGGGAUCAUCUCUGGAUGACUUCUUGAAGAAAGCCAUGGAGAAAUCCCUUGAAAGUAAAAAUGGCCACCUGGACUUGUUUGUCCGCUUCCUUCAUGGCCUCUCUCUGGAGUCCAACCAGAGACUGUUAGGAGGCCCGCUGGGUCAGACAGACAACAGUCCAGAAGUUAUCCAGAGAGCCAUCAACAACCUGAAGGAGAUAAGUACUGAGGAGAUCUCUCCUGACAGAAGCAUCAACAUCUUCCACUGUCUGACGGAGAUGAACGACCUCUCAGUCCAUCAGGAGAUACAAGAGUUCCUGAAGUCAGAGAACAGAUCAGAGGAGAUACUCUCUGAGAUCCACUGCUCAGCUCUGGCCUACAUGCUGCAGAUGUCAGAGGAGGUUCUGGAUGAGUUGGACCUGGGCAACUACACAACAUCAUACGAGGGAAAACAUAGACUGAUUCCAGCUGUGAGGAACUGCAGGAAAGCUGUACUUUCUGGCUGUGGACUCUCUGAGACUCACUAUGAAGUCGUGGCCUCAGCUCUGAAGUCCAACCCCUCCUAUCUGAGAGAGCUGCACCUGCGUGGCAACGACCUGAAGGAUUCAGGAGUGAAGCGUCUGUGUGCUGGACUGGAGAGUCCAAACUGCAGACUGGAGACUCUGAGAUUGGGGAACUGCAGUUUGUCAGAGAUCAGCUGUGCUUCUCUGGCCUCAGCCCUGAAGUCCAACCCCUCCCAUCUGAGAGAGCUGCAGCUGACCAGCAACAAGCUGCAGGAUUCAGGAGUGAAGCUGCUGUGUGAUUUCCUGCAGAGUCCAAACUGCAGACUGGAGACUCUGGGAUUGAUGAGCUGCAGUUUGUCAGAGAUCAGCUGUGCUUCUCUGGCUUUCGCUCUGAAGUCCAACCCCUCCCAUCUGAGAGAGCUGGAGCUGGGCUUAAACGAGCUGCAGGAUUCAGGAGUGAAGCUGCUGUGUGAUUUUCUGCAGAGUCCAAACUGCAGACUGGAGACUCUGAGAUUGGGGAGAUGCAGUUUGUCAGAGAUCAGCUGUGCUUCUCUGGCUUUAGCUCUGAAGUCCAACCCCUCCCAUCUGAGAGAGCUGUGGCUGUUUGGAAACAACCUGAAGGAUUCAGACGUGAAGCUGCUGUGUGAUCUGAAGGAGAGUCCACACUGCAGACUGGAGACUCUGAGCUGGUAGUGAUCUGAAGUAAAGUCCAGUCCAGCAUGGUCCCUGUGUUCCUCUGAUGUGACAGAGUAUCAUCAGAGGAUGUGGACUGCUCUGCUGCUGCUCUGUCCUUCUCUCUGCAGACACACUGAGACUCCUUCACCUCCGUCUGUUGUUUCAUUCAUUCAUAUAAUCUGAACUCAGAGUUCCUCUGCAGAUUAGUUCUCGUCAUGACAACGUGACUGUACAUCAACACAUUUAGAUGCAUGUUUCUGCUUUGUGUUCUGUUACAGCUCCACCCUGUGGAAUAAAGGGGAAUUGUAGUUCAUUUCCUCUGAUGUGUAAAUAACAAAAGAAGUUGAUCUUACGUUAUUACUACCAAUAUCAGCCGUUUCUCAUAUUAUGACAGAUGAAUAGUUGCUUGUUGUAGAAGUUAAAACCUUUAAGGCUUCACUAAAGUUUUUCAAGUGAUAACUAACAGAUUAUGGUUAAUGUACUUGUCCUGUUACCAGACAAUAAUUCAUCACUCUCGUCUUGAAAGAGUUUCCAAAUUCUUCAAAAUCUAAAAUAUCUGUAAAUAUUUACUAAGAGAAUAUUGUUUUCUUGCUUUAAAUUGUAUUUUUUUUAUGAAAAUGUGGCUCAUUAAAGUUGUUAUCCAUUUUUUGUCAACUCUGUCAGAUUUCUACAAAAAAUGAUUUAAUGGGGGGUAUAAACAUAGUUAGUUCUCACUUCCUGCUCCUAAAAACACAGCUAAGCUUUAUGAUAUGUGAUAAAAAUCAUUAAUAUUGUUAUGAGGUUUGUCCCACCCUAAUAAAUCAAU